ACAAGACAGUAGGAACUGCAUCGUACUUGUUAAUUCGGGAGAAUCUACGCAAAUUAACAGGAAACAAAUUAUUUACAUGUUUCUGGUUGAAAUACUAUAAAUACCAUUAGCCGAUGAGUUAGAUACUUUCCAACCAUUAAUUGAAAUGGGUUAACGUACGAGAAAUAAGAAAACCUUCACCUUCUUCGGGAGACAAAGUUUACAGUGUCUACCCACUAUUAUUCGAUAUUUAUGUCGAAACCAGAAUUGUCAUAUUGUCAUAACAGAAGAGUUUACUUUCUACCACCCCCCUGAACAAUGCAACUGAGACUCCCAUUCACCGAAACAAAAUAUCAAGCCAGAUCAAAUUUCUUUUUAUCUUAAGUGCACGAAUUUCUCUUUAUAGUGAAAAUAUAAGUUUUUAUCUUUCUUAAAGUAAAUUUAAGUGGAAGGAAAACCUUUGUUACAGCCAGAUAAGUUUCACGUGUAUAACGAAAGACACCAAAGUCUUCUUCUAUAGCAUGCAAUAAAAAUAUAGGUGUAGACAUAUCACCGUACUCUUUCUCUGUACAUUUCACCUGUCAUUUUCAGAAAUCUUGAUCCUUCUCAAUGUCUCCACGGAGUAACUUGCAGCCUGUGAUUGAUUUCCCAACUUAUUAUAAUAGAGUAGCAGAAGCUCCUCCUUCUGCUCCUAGUUUUGAAAUGAUGUUGUUCAACAGUGAGGAGCAGUCUGAUGUUGUUUUUUUGGUGGGCGAAGAGCCGGAUAUUUGGAGGUUCCCCUGUCAUUUGCACGUUCUGAGCACUAUGUCUCCUGUGUUUCGUAGCCUUCCCAUCUACGACUUUACGUCAUCAUCAAAAGUCGUGUUGACUGUAACUGACAUAAAGCCUUAUGCUUUCGAAAAUCUUCUUCGGUUCUUGUACACCAAGGAAGCUACGUUUGCCUCAGUGGAAGCAGCACUUCAUACACUUUACGCAGCCAACAAGUACAUCGUGUUAGAGCUGUCGGCAUUAUGCUUCCGUUUCCUCUCCCGCAACGUCAGUGAAGAAAACGUCCUUCAUGUUUUUCAGUACAUGAUGAGGAAUGUGGUGACGUCCACCCACAGCGAACUGACCAACCUACAGGACGAGGUUAUGAUGAAAUGUUUCUACCUUUUAGAUGAGCACGCUGAAACCAUUUUAAAAAGCGAGGAUUUCUUAAGCCUGGACGAAACAACAGUUUAUGAUAUUGUGAGUCGAGACAACUUACAGCUGUCAUCCGAGAGAGUCGUAUUCAAUGCUCUCCUCUCUUGGGCCUGCCAGGAGUGCAAACGUCAAAGGCAGGAACUCACGUCUGAGAACAAACGGCGUGUUUUAGGGCAACUUCUCUACUGCGUGCGGUAUCUGGUGAUGACCUUGGAGGAGUUUGCACAAGGUCCUGCGGCAUCAGGUGUCCUUAACGAACAGGAAGUGUUUUUUAUCAUCAAACAUUUCUCCGGAGACACGUCUUUCCAAUUUUUCGAUCAAGAACUUGGAAAGCGUAUGAGCAUUAAGAGGCAAGAUCGUAAACUCCCUUCCAACUCCACUUCUUCUCCAUUCCCUAUGUCCAGCAGCGGCUUUAUCAGAAUUUCACGAAAGGAUUGCUCCAAAUCAAAGAAACAAUCCGUUUCGAAAAAAAUGUUUAGAUGUCUUGGAAGCUUCAUAAUUUAUGUCAUUCAAUUGAUCGAUUAAUUCCUUAAUGUACACUUAAUCAAAUUUCAACAUUAUGUUUCUAAAGUUUUAUCUUUUCACGUAAUUUCUAUAUUACUUAUAGUUUGCGAUGAUAGGUGGAAAACAAAGCUUUCUCUUCUACAGUAACUUCCUAAGUAGAAAUACAUAUGAAAUUGUUCAAUUGAAGCUAUGAUGUUGGUUUUAAAUGUGACAAAAAAUUAUAAGAAAAAUAACUGAAAUAUGAAAAAACACAGACUAAUUUGACCAUGUACUCUUAUAAUAAUAAAAAUACAGAGUUGUGCUUUCUGUAUACUGUGGAAA